AUGUCCUCAGGCAGUGCCUCUGAUUUCCUUUCAGGGACACCCAAAAAACCCAUCCUUUGGGCCGAGCCAGGCUCCCUGAUACCCAGGAUGGGUUCUGUGACCAUCUGGUGUGAGGGAACCCUGGCCACAAGGGCAUACAGACUGUAUACAGAAAGGCAUUCAAGAAGUUGGUGCAAACCAGCUGAAGAAAAUCUCAGGAACAAGGCCAAGUUCACCAUUCCAAUAGUGACAGAACAAGAGGCAGAUGUGUAUCACUGUAUCUAUCGGAGCUCUGCUGGCUGGUCAGCUGACAGUGACCCCCUGGAGCUAGUGGUGACAGGCGUCUACAGCAAACCCAGCCUGUCGGUCUUAUCCAGCCCUGUGGUCACCUUGGGAGAGAGCAGGAAACUGCAGUGUACCUCACAGCAGAGAUCUGGAAGCUUCAUUCUGGUCAAGGGAGAAAAUGGAGGAUUCUCAAGGACGCGGAGCUCACAGUUCCCUCAGGGACGCGUCCAAGCUGUGCUCUUACUGGGCCCCAUAACGCUGAGCCACGCGGGGACAUACAGAUGCUACACCUUUGACAGAAACACACCACAGGUGUGGUCAACACCCAGUGACCCCCUGGAGCUCCUGGUCUCAGGGAUGUCAAAGAGGCCAUCACUCUUGACCCAGCAAGGCUCUGUCCUGGCCCCUGGAGAGAAACUGACCCUCCAGUGUUUCUCUGAUACCAAGUAUGGGAGAUUCAUUGUAGUCAAAGAUGGGGAACGUGACCUCAGGCAGCAUCUGGACAAGAAGCCCCAAGCUGUGGACUCUCAGGCUGACUUCCCCCUGGGCCCUGUGAACAGCUCCCACGGGGGUCGAUACAGAUGCUAUGGUGCACACAACGUCUCCUCUGAGCUGUCUGCUCCUAGUGAUCCUCUGGAUAUCUUAAUCACAGGACAGAUCCCCAUCACGCCCUCCCUCUCAGUGCAGCCAGGCCCCAUGGUGUCCACAGGAGAGAACGUGACACUUCUGUGUCAGUCACAGAACCAAGUGGGCAGUUUUCUUCUUGUCAAGGAAGGGGCAGCCCAGCCACAGCUGUGUCUAAAACCAACGCGCCAAGCCGGGCAGUUCCAGGCAGAAUUCUUCAUAAGUGCUGUGACCGCAGACGUAAUGGGAACCUACAGGUGCUACGGUUCUGGGGGCUCAUCCCCGUACCUCUUGUCUCAUGCCAGUGACCCUCUGAAUCUUGUGGCCUCAGCGACCCCAUCACUCAGCGCCACCCUAGUACUGCUCCUUGGGGAUUACUCUUGGAAAGCCGCGUUUGGGGUGGACUCACAGGAGCACCAAACACUGUCUGCACCCCCAGAUGCAACAGUGUCCGCUGGACUCUCCGUGAUGAAGCAGCUCAGGAAGCCUUGCAGAUGCCCGGCAGUGCGCAGUGAGGGCCAAGGGAGGCAGAGUCCCAAGGAUGAAGGUCCUCUGGAAGUGGUCUAUGCCCACGUGAAGGUGUCCAGAAAGAGACAUAAGGAGGCCUCCUGUUCCUCCUUCCCUUUGGAGCAGUUCUGUGACAUGAAGACCAGACCAUCAGGAGAGGAGGGGCAGACAGGCAGUCAGGGUGUGACCUAUGCCCUGCAGAACGUCUCCAAGGCAAGACAGAGGACAACCACACCUCCAUCCUCUUGGGAAGAAGAGCCCUCAGCCAAGUCCACUUUAUGCACUGCCUUCAUCACCCAUCAGAACAGGACAAGCCUGAGACCUCAGGCUGCGAGGGCUGAGACAUUGUUUUAUAUCUUUAUCAACAGUCAGACCUGGAUCCACAAUGGCAGGGAAGGCAUGACAGGCCUGCAGGAGAGGACAGCUGGCUGUUCAGACUUCCACUGCACACAAGAAACAGUAGGAAGAGGAACAAGGCUGGAGGCUCUCAAAGUACCCCAGCGACACAAUUUCUCCAGGCUGAUUCUGGAACUCAGGAACCCAGUGCUGGCAGGUAUCUACCCCAAACCCAGACUGUCAGUGCUGCUGCUCAGCCCUGUGGUGACCUCAGGAGAGAACUUGACCCUCCAAUGUGGCUCACAGAAGGGAUAUGACAGGUUCACUCUGACUAAGGAAGAUCAGAAGUUCUACAGAUGCCUGGACUCACAGUACAUCUAUUCUCCUGGGCAGUUCCAGGCACUGUUCCUUGUGGAUCCCUUGACACCAGGCCACAGAGGAAUGUUCAGAUGUUAUGGCUACUACAGGAGAAACCCACAGGUGUGGUCAGAACCAAGCAAUGUCCUGGAAGUUCACAUCUCAGGGCUGUCCAGGAAUCCCUCUCUACUUACCCUGCAUGGCCCUAUCCUGACCAUUGGUGAGAACCUAGUUCUCCAGUGUUGCUCUGAAAUUUACUAUAAGAAAUUUGCUUUGUCCAAGGAGGGAAGAACUCACCUCAUCCAGCACUCUGGCCAAGGGACUCAGACAGGACUCUCUCAAGCCAGCUUCUCCUUGGGCUCUGUGAAUGUCUCUUGUGGUGGCCAGUACAGAUGCUAUGGUAUACACAACCUCUCCUCUGAAUGGUCAGCCCCCAGCAAUCCUUUGGACAUCCUGAUCACAGGACAGUUCCCUGUCACACCCUCCCUCUCAGUGAAGCCAGGCCCCACAUUGUUCUCAGGAAAGAACGUGAUACUGCUAUGUCAGUCAGAGAGCCGGAUGGAUACUUUCCUUCUAACCAAGGAAGGAGCAGCAAAUCACAUACUACAUCUCAUGUCAAGGUUUCAAGCUGGGAAGUACUGGGCAGAAUUCUCUGUGACCUCAGCCCUCAGUGGGAUCUACAGGUGCUAUGGUUCUCAAAGCUCAUCGCCCCACCUGCUGUCACUCCCCAGCGCCCCUGUGGAGCUUGCAUCAGGUCUGGAAAGUUACCAGAACUUUCUGAUCAUCGCCUUAGUGACCUUCCUCCUGCUGCUUUUCCUCCUCCUCUUCUUCAGCAUCAUCCUCUUCUUCCUCAGACUCAGGCAUGAGAACAGACGUGGGAAGGAAGAUGCUUCUGUGAAGAUCCCACAGCCUGAGGACAGUGUGGAGCUUGACAGUCUGACCCCCAUAAAAGAGAUGUACGCCCAGGUGAAACCCUCCAGGAUCAGGAGGUCAGGGAACACCUCUCCUUCCACUAUGCCAAGGGACACCCAGGCAGAAGAAGACAGAGAGAGGGACAAUCAGGCUGCUGCAUCUGAGGAGCCCCAGGAUGUGGCCUAUCCCCUGCAUGUGUAUGGUUGA